AUGUUUCACCAUGUGGAAUUUCCGGCUCCCAACGCAGGUGGCCACUCUCUACCCGACACAACCCACACCAACGGCCCGAAAACGAGAUUUCGACCACGCACUCACAAGGCCUGCGAUAGAUGUCGGCAGAUGAAAAUAAAAUGCGAUGGCGUUGUGCCAUGCGGACACUGUACCCGUUUUUUUUACGAUGACUGCGCGUAUUCCGAGUCCAGGCGGAAAAGGAGGAGAGCUUCAUCGCCCGCAAGAGAUUUUCACCACCUAGAAAGACGCAUUCGAGCUGUGGAGGAAUCUUGUCAGAGACUUGCGGAUGCAAGCACUCCGUCUACCAUUUCUCCUGGAACCCCUUCGCAAUCUGCGAGGCUUCUUCCUUCCAAUGCGCCCAAUGACAUGGUUGCAGCUACGGAGCCCGAUCUAGAUACUGCAGACCGCAGUAUCGAAAGCCGCCCAAAUCAGGGGGAAGCCCGGUUUGUGAGAUCAUCAGCAGACUACGGGUUUGUGGAACGUUUGAAAGCGGAGCUGGGCGACUGGCCUGGCACCGACUACAAACACAGGCUGAAAAUCCUCGAGCAACCAACUCCCUCUCUGUUCACCGGUCCAGGCGCAUCCAUUGGCUCAGCUCCACUUCCACCGCUCACAAGAGCAGAGCAGCUGGUGAACCUGGCUCUAGACGCGCAUACCCUGUACCAAGUGGUCCACCGGCAGAGGUUCAAUUGGUUUUUCCGCUUGUUAUUCUCCCUGAACCGGCAGGAUUACAGCGAAGAGGAAAAGAGGCAUAUUCCGCUGGUCUAUGCCCUCAUGGCUCUUGGAUGUCUGCAGGAGAAACGAAACGAUCUCACAGACAAUCCGGAAAGCCCGAUGAUGAUGAAUAGAACGAAAUAUUUCGAAACCUGCCGCAGCCUGGUCGACCUCAUGGGUUGCGACGAUCUGAUCACGCUGCAAACCAUCUUUUACCUGAACCUGUUCCUCUUGAGUACAGCCCGAAUCGGACCGUGCUAUACAUCCCUCAAUCAUGCUUUGACUAUAGCUUUUCGUAUGAAUCUGCACCAGACUCGCGAGGGCGAUAGUCCAUGCACGACGGAGGUCCGAGCAAGGUUGUUUUGGUCGAUUAAGCACCUUCUGACUAUGGUGUGCGCAAUGUCUGGCCUUCCCAAACCCAUUGCCGAUGAUGAGUGUGAUCUUCCUUUCCCUCGUGGUAUGGAUGAUUCCGGUCCGGAAACGGUCCCAGUGCUGGCACAACCUCCAGCGAAUGGACCCCCAGGGCACCUCUCCUUUUUGAAGCUGCAUCGUAUCCUGGGCCGCGUUGUAAGAAGACUGUAUCCGUUGAAUGGAACCAAAAACACCCGUGAAGGCGGUGCAAGGAGUCAUUUGGUUAGCACCGAAACAAUUGCGGCGCUCGAGGCAGAGCUGCAAUCGUGGACAGAGUCUUUACCCAAUGAUUGCCGGUUAGGCCAACAGAAGCAUGCCCUCUACCUCGAAAGAUCCAAGUACGAGCUAUGCAUGACCUUUUGCCAUGUUCAGAUAUUUUUAUAUCGCCCAUUCCUUCACUACUUGGUCCCAAAGAGUAACGGGCAUAGCCACACAGGCCAGGAGUUUCAAAAAUACGCGUCUGCAUGUAUUCACGCGAGCCGCAACAUCAUCCGUCUUGCAGAGGACAUGGAUCGCAACGGUCUUCUCUUUGGGUCGCAGUGGAGACUAGUACAUAUGCUGGCCACCUCCUCGAUAUCCCUACUCUACGUUGUUCUGGGAUGCAAGACAUCUCCGCUUGCACAAAAGGUUCUUUGCGACUUGAAUAUAGCCAAGGGGUUGUUGACUCGUCUUCGUCCCUAUCUCGUUCUAGCGCAUCGCGCGCAUGUUGCGUUAACAGUAACCCCCCCCUGCCCUACGAGAAGAUACGAGAAUCGUGCCCAACUCACGUAUACAGAUACUAACGUCGAUCUUUUUCAAUCCCUCUCCAUCCGCACAGGGCCAGAGUCCCCAAGUGGAUGA